GCGCCAGAGACCUCUCACCACCUAAUAUUAUUCUCUUUCAACACUAAUUUCAAUUCAACUCAAGCUCCUCCUAUACACGACCAAACUAUAUUUCCCCCUCCUCUCCCCUCUUCCUUAAUUUUCUUCUCUCUAAGAAAAACGUAGGAGCUGAGGGAGAGAGGAGGACGCCAUAGCCAUGGCUUCUGAAUUGUUCUUCAGAGGACAGGAAACUCACCAUAUAAUCAACGCAUACACCCCCAAACCACGGAAGCCAUGGCAAAACGUAAUUCGACCUGUACAUUACAUGCUCAAAGAGAAACGCCUCGUCUUCCUCUUUGCAGGCAUUGCCAUCGCUUCUCUUAUCUUCGCUAUGUUACCCUCGUCACGUGCCCCGUCCGGUCAGGGCAGUUACAGUUACAUAAACAACGCGAUCUACGAUUCGCACUUGCCCUCCGAGUCAACUCAUUCUCACAGCAUUGCCCGUGCUCAUCGGAUCAUCUACCAGAACCGGGCCGGGCUCGGGUCGUUGCAUUCUGGCGGGAAAAUCCCGUUGGGUUUGCAGCGUAAAGGGUUGAGGAUCCUGGUGACCGGUGGGGCUGGGUUCGUCGGCAGCCAUCUGGUGGACCGUCUGAUCGCAAGAGGUGACAGCGUGAUCGUCGUUGAUAAUUUCUUCACGGGGCGGAAGGAGAACGUGAUGCACCACUUUGGGAACCCGAGGUUCGAGCUCAUAAGGCACGAUGUGGUGGAGCCAUUGUUGGUGGAGGUUGACCAGAUCUACCACCUCGCUUGCCCUGCCUCUCCUGUUCACUAUAAGCAUAACCCCGUCAAGACCAUUAAGACAAAUGUUGUGGGGACACUGAACAUGCUUGGAUUGGCGAAGAGAGUGGGUGCUCGUUUUUUGCUAACGAGCACCAGCGAAGUUUACGGUGAUCCUUUGCAACAUCCACAAAAGGAGACUUACUGGGGCAAUGUUAAUCCCAUUGGUGUGAGAAGUUGCUACGAUGAGGGGAAGCGUACAGCUGAAACGUUGACCAUGGACUAUCACAGAGGUGCUGGCGUCGAGGUGAGGAUAGCUAGGAUCUUCAACACCUAUGGACCUCGUAUGUGCAUCGAUGAUGGUCGUGUUGUUAGCAACUUUGUUGCUCAGGCCUUGAGGAAGGAGCCUUUAACAGUUUAUGGUGAUGGAAAGCAAACAAGAAGUUUCCAAUUUGUUUCAGACCUGGUUGAGGGCCUAAUGCGCUUGAUGGAAGGAGAACAUGUGGGACCUUUCAACCUAGGAAAUCCUGGUGAAUUCACAAUGCUUGAACUUGCAGGGGUGGUCCAGGAAACCAUUGAUCCAAAUGCGCAGAUUGAGUUCAGACCCAACACAGCAGAUGAUCCACACAAGAGGAAACCUGAUAUCUCAAAGGCUAAAGAAUUGCUUGGUUGGGAACCAAAGGUGCCUCUUAGGAAAGGUCUACCUCUGAUGGUACAAGACUUUAGGCAGCGUAUAUUUGGUGACCACAAAGAAGAUAGCUCCUCUGUCUCCUCCGCGUAAUAGGGUUUUUGGAACAUUAUUUUUGGUCAAAGGGCUAAAUGUAGUGCAGUAGAAGAAGAUGACCCUGUUGUUUAUGUUCUUUCAGUACAGCAAAAUGUCCUUGGCAGAAGUCAGAGCUCUUGGUUCUUUACAUAUUUUAAUAGGUCUUCAUAUAAGUCUGUCAAUUUUGUAUUUCGAUUUAUUCCAUUUUAACAAUUUUGUUGUAGACAUGAACCUAUAUAAUGAAAAUAAAUAGCUGACAAUUUUUCAUCCAAUGGGACUGACAAAUUCAUCGGCUUUCCUGA